AUGCCUACAAGGUAUGAAACCACGCCACCAUGGGGCAAGAAACGCAAGCGCGAGCCUUCGACUUCUUCCAAUUCGACAAACAAAUCCACCUCUCCACCACCACUACCACCCUCGGAACAAGACAGUAAACAUCUCUCGAUGGAGAACCAUGACCCUCGCCGACGACCAACGCCAUGGGCAAAGCACAGUGACCCUCUUAGUCCGAGUUCACUGGCCAGCGACCACGACGACUUGCAACAGGCUGCUAGGGACAUGUUCGACUGGACACGGUCGGAUCGUCCGAUUGAAGAAUCUCUCGCUCACAUGGAGCGAAUCGUUCAAGUUUGCCAAGAUGAAGCAUCGUGGUCCGGUGAUAAGAGGUGGAAACAAGUGAUCGCGACGUACAGGUCUUACGGAGCUUCUGCAGACGCUGUACAAGACUUGAAGGAUGCGCGAGAGCCUUUCUGGACUCAGUGUCGAGUCAAGCAUGCAUCAAGCACCAUAGCUACACCCAGAGCUUUGGCCGACUCGAUACGCACCAUGCUCGCUGAGAGCGAGAGAGUCAACGGCCACUACCUGGACAGAGAUAUCAAAGAUGAACUGGUCAAGGCUGUCGAGCGUGUUUUUCCUCGUAUUCAACCCAGGAUCUUGAUACCCGACAGCCCGGAGCGACCUGUGUCUGGUUUCGACCAGCCUCAAGUGCCUAUCCCACUGGCUGCGCCUGUCGCACCUGUCGCGCAAAUGCUUAAGAUUGAUACAUCUUCAAACCGAACACCAGUUCCAGCUGCUCCCGACCAAGCUCUGUCCGCACCAUUAGAUCCGCGACUUGCAUCAAGACUUCCAUGUUGGGCACUGGCUUCUGAGACGAAGCCACGGGCUGACAGUCUGGCCGGUUCCUCUAGCUCUAGGAAGUCUUCAGCCGCCACUUUCGUGAUAUCAAGCCCGCCAUCUCAGCUCUCGCCAUUGCCCAAUCCCGAGCCAUCGCAAGUCAUAAAGCCAAACCGCCCCAGUCGCUUCGCUCCUGGAGUCGCCGAAUCAACUAACAAACAUGUCCAACACGCCGUNCCCCCUAGCCCUUCUGCCUCGCCGAAGCCACCCACAGGCCCUAUUCAGUUCAACAUUGCUACGGGUUCAAAUCAAGCACCCCUGAAGCGUCCUCGUCUAGACCUCGACGUCAACCUUCCCCCUAGACCCCAUAGUAACGUCUUCUCAACUCCUUCAUCACCCAACCGUCGCAGAUCAUCAACUUUCAAUCCCAGCGUCCAACCUCCGACAGGCCCGCGUAGUUUGCCCCUGUUCCAGGCCAAGAUCAUACCCAAAGGACCCCUUUUGGAUAAAACACGUCAGAAGCGAAGUAUUCUUGAAGCUUGCGAUUAUAACAAAAUCCCUGCUCAAGAUGCCACNCCCUGCCCUUCCGACGAUCGCACAUGGAUACUUCACUUCAGAGACCUUAGAGAUCUCCAGACAUCACUUGGGAAAAUGACCAUAUUGCACGACAUCAGCAUACCUGUGCUUACGUAUGCCCCUGGCCAGUCCUUCCAAGUUUUCGGCAUUGUCGAAAAACCUUCGUUCAUCACACCCAACGUCGAAUUGGAUAUCAUCAAUACAGUGGCUCGCACCUUCCGUCCAGCAAAGUUCAUCAUGCACAGGCAGAAGAGUCAUCCCAACCCGAGACUCACCAGGAGAUGGCUGGUCAUCUUCGAGCAGCCCGUGGAUCGCGAUAGCUUCACUCUGAACCUGAAGAUCAAUGGAUAUCGUGAGACGUUGGACUUUUCUGGCCUAGCAUGCUCGCAAGAUAAGAAUCGUUGCUGGGUGUGCAACCGGGACAAUCAUCUUGCUCACGAAUGUGAGUUUACUGACGCUGUCAAUCUGCCGCAUCAAGACAGUCAGUAUCUCUCAACCACUCCGCAGCUGAGAUGA